GGAGCCUUUUACUGGCUGCCACAUACACUGUGUGCUGAUCUCAGGUGUUCAACAUGAUGCUCAUCACAGUGUUUAUGCUGGUUGGUGUAACCCUCUCUCAGGGGGCAGACGGAACAUCUCCAGGAUGUGCAGCUCCAACUGCUGAUGGAUGCUUGAUAAAUUCUUUUGAAAAAGUUGCAGACGUCCUUCAUAAACUAGCAGCAUUCUUCUGUGCAGUUCCUGACAAUGUGGGUAACGCUUUCAAUGUCAAGGAAUUUAUGGAUUUGUUUUACCAGUUGGAAGAACUUCUUGGAUGUGCUGGUUGUGAUAUUAAUGUUCUUGCGGGUCUAAAGCUGGAUUUGGAAGAAGUAGCCAAAGGAUUAGAGCCGACUGCGGAGAAAAUAACACCUAUAGUAAAUGAAUUAUUAGGGAAGUUAGGCCUUUCACAAUUAGCUCCAAAACUUCUCUGCACAGUGGGAAAGGUUCUCGACAAUCCCUGUAUACAGGAUUUACUAAAGAAUGUUACUACAAAAGUUACUAAAGAGCUUUACAAUUUAAUAUGUGCGUGUGAAAAUGUGCCACCUAUCGCGCAAUCCAUAGCAGGAGCUUUGGGCAAGCUCUGUGGCGUUACCAUCGAUGUGGAAGGCAUAUCUGAUGCAGAUUGUGGUGCAAUGGCAAGCUUAAUAAACAAUUCUUUGUUGUCUGGGUUGAAUGGUCUGUUAAAAACUGCAGGAGGCCUUGUAGACAAUCUUACAAAUGGAGGUCUUUGUAAACUGCUGGGCAGUGGUGGUUUUGUAACUGGUAUACUUCCUUUACCUGCCGUACCUCUUCCUGGUGUGUCUGGCCUAGUUUGAUCUCUGUAGUUCCUGGUGUAUGAUGAGUCCCAGGAUCCCAUCCGAAGCACAUCUGCUUCCAAAGGAGAAAACUGAUUCCGAAUCUUUGCAAACCAAUAUUAAUCAUUUUCUGAAAUUCUCGUUCUCAUUGGAUCGCCCAUGUUUUUGAGAAGUCUUGAUUGUUGCUUUAUUUCCUGAAUGAUUUCUUUAAUCAAUAAAUUUCUUGCAAUUUAAUAAAA